AUGUCACUUGUCGCGUUGCGACAACAACAGGAACACCCGGUUCGUUGCAUGCAACAGUGUGCAAGCAGGAACAUGCUUCCAUAUUUCUUCAUUAUCGAUCACCUAUCUCAACCUUAUUCAGCCGUAUGCACAUCAAACGGUCACAUCCUACGCUUCGUAUACUUUUCAGACUCCGAUCUCGAGCUUUUAGUGCAGUCAUCACCGUGGAAAAUCUUCAGCCAAGAGUCCAACAGGCCGUUCGUGAACACUGAUUUCAGUGACUUUGAUAGGAUUCGCCAAAUAUCGCCUAGAAGGACACAAACGUUACGGCGAGGCGUCGAUCACUUAGGAGUACUUGUGGGAAAUGAACAACAAAAUGAGGCGGAUAAUGAAGAGGAGAAUAUGUUCCAGCCUAGUUUGGCGGACAUUUUCCGAGACUGGAUGAUUUCGACCAAUGUCCCCUUCAGUACCGUGAAUCGCCUGCUUGUAUCAUUGCAGCAUAAGCUUCCUGAAUUGCCUCAAGACGCGCGGACACUGAUGAGAACACCCCGGUCAUGUCCAACUAGAGAAGUCCCCCCAGAAGAAGACAUCCACUUGGGCAUUGCGAACGGGCUUCGCCGGGUUGUGCCGAUGUACUUGCCACCCCAACCUUAUAUUAUCCAUUUACAUAUGAAUGUAAAUGUGAUGAAGCUGCACAAUAACGGUACAACCGUAAUCUGGCCUAUACUAGCACGUAUUGUGCGGCCCUUCACUAGCCCGGUAUUCCUUGUUGGGCUUUAUGGAGGAGUUCGUAAACCCGAGGACGUUUGUACAUACCUGAAUGACGUAGUGCAGGAACUGGAAGAGCUCCUGCGUCUGGGAGUUGUCGUUAAUGACCUGCAUCAUCAGGUCGUGUUGGAUGCAAUUAUUUGUGACAAACCGGCACGCUCCUUCGUCACACGAGUGAGAGGAUACAAUUCCUACUAUGGUUGUGAUUAUAUGCACGCCGUAUGUCUCGGUGUUGUCCGUAGAUUAGUUUCCAUUUUCGUCAACGUUGAUCGACCCGUACGCAUCGGGCCUGCUGGCUUGAACAUGAUCGCUUGA